CUUCUCUGUCAUUUAACACAUACCGGUGUACCAUCAAACAAGGAAAACAAGUCAGUAAUUAUAUGUAUAUAAUUAUAUAUAUCUCACUUAGGCUUAUUUACAUUCAUUUUGCUUCCCGUUUAGACAAAAUGAAUGUAUUCGCUUAGAACCGAGAGCCACAGUUGACGUUAAUAGAGUUUUGUUGUUGUCACCUGGAUGAAGACGUUACCGCCUGAGGCUCCUGGAUUACAGGUGAACAUGGCGAUGCUGGAGGAAAGUCCGCUACCGGGCAAGAGUGACCUUUUAUACCUGCGCUGGAGUCUAGUAGUGAAGGAACAACAAGCUCGGCUGAGUCCAAGCAAAGAGGACGCACCUGUGAUCAACAAACACACACCGCUGUGCAGAAAGAAAAGCUCACAGGUGAUUGCAUCGGAGGAGCAGCCACCUGAAACCAUCAGCUGUCUCAUCUCAGACACCCGGCACAAGGUUUGCGUACAAAAUGUGUCCUGUGCUGGCCGUGCACUCAGAAACGCUUUCUUAUCGAAUGGACAAGAAAACUGGAAAGCCCACGUAAAACUAGCCAGAAUCAUCAAAAGGAGUUUUAUAGGACGGGAGCUGGUACAGUGGCUGACGGAGCAUUGCGUGUUUGUUGGAAACAGAAAUGCAGCUGCUAGAGUCUGGAACGGUUUGCUGGAGCUGGGCAUCCUGCUUUCGGUGGAAAGGCUGGCGGUGUUUGAAGACUCUGAAACGUUGUACCAGUUCUCCUUUGAGGAGUGUGAAGCCCAAAGCUGUGCAUUUAGAAAUCAGAUCCAGUGGCAAAAUGGAGUGAACGUUCUCCUAGGUGUUUCAUCUCAAACUCCGCUCCAUGUGGCCGCUCCUAAACCGAGUGAGGGAGAGCAUAAGAAACAUUCUCUUGCUUGUAGCUCGGUAGACGUUGUCCAGAUGAGAGCUCUGGAGCGGCUAACAUCAAAAGUGCAGAACGAACUGACAGCCACACUGGCUCGAAAAGGAAGGUGCAAAUCAAUGAUUGAGGACAUUGUCCCUGAGAACGCUCUUGACCUCCCACCCUCUACAUUGCCUUCCAGUGGACAAAAGCAGGGCUCUAGGACUGGAGUAUGCAACAGAGAGGACAUGAGUCGCAUGGAGAUGGUCCAGCGACUAGCCAAGGAUGGAUGCCACCUCCUUCACAGCCCACUUAAACCCACUGAACGUCCAGCCGAGCCCCUCGGUGACGCAGCAGUCCGCGUGUGUAUGAGAGAAAGGAGCCGAGAGAUGCUGCUGCUUCAGAGGACUACGUCAGAGCAAGCACCCUCCUCUUCCUCCUCCUCCCCCUCCUCCCUUGCUAGGAGGUACGCCAGUGUCCCCGCCAGCCCCGAGAGGGUUCUGGAACACCUGCUGAGCCACCUGACGCUGGACGAGGACAGCGGGAGCCCUCAAGCCAGAGAGACAGAGAGUCUCCUUGAUGACUUUUUGCUGACGUAUCCGGUGUUCAUGUCUACCAGCGACCUUUGCCAAGCUCUUCUCGGACACUAUUGCUUGAAGCAAAGCAGGACAAAGAACGAAGGGAAAGAGUCUCUGCUUAGGAAGCGCAAAGUCCUGCACCUGCUUUCCCAGUGGAUCGCUCUCGGUCAUGACACGCUGCAGGACGGCGAACACACCAAAGUGUUUUUGAAGAUGCUGUAUCGCUGCGUUCUGGAUGACCUUUGUGAAUUCCCAACUCUGGAGAAGGAGGUGAAGGAGCUCCAGAAACUCUUCCGCAUGCAGCGCAGGCACACGGUGGAGGAGUAUUCUCCCCAGAGGAAGAAUAAAGCACUUUUCCACCAGCUGAGCCUGAAAGAGACUUGGCAGCCUACCCGAACGGCCCCGAGGCAGAAUAAGGAAGUUCUGUGUCACGUGUACGUGAACAUGGACUCCUAUGUGAGUGUGAGGACACACAGUGAGGUAACGGUGCAGGAGCUGCUGACUGCGGUGGCUGAGAGAUUAGAGUGUGCAGAGGAUGACAUGGUGCUGGUGGCUGUCACCUACUCCAGAGGGAAGGAGCUGCUCCAGCCACAGCAGUGUGUGUACUCAGACUCCCUGGGUGCUGUGAGCAGGCUGUGUGUGUGCAGGAGAGACCUGACGGAGAUCACAAGCCUGGUCACAGAUAACGGACAGAUGCAACAGCCAACAGUCAGGAUGCUGACUAUGAACACCUGGGACAUAGCAUUGGCUCUGACUAACUGUGACUGGAGUCUCUUCAGAAAUCUGCAGGAGCAAGAACUGGUUUAUUUCACACUGAGCCGUGAUUCUUGCUCCGGCCACACGGCUGCGCUGGAGCUGCUGCUUCAGCGCUGUAACGAGGUGCAGCAGUGGGUGAUGACUGAAGUGCUGCUGUGUCCCAUGCUCUGCAAACGUGUCCAGCUCUUUAAGAAGUUCAUCAAGACCGCAGCCCACUGUAAAGCUCAGAGGAACCUGAACUCAUUCUUUGCCAUUAUAAUGGGUUUGAACACUCCGGCUGUCAGCCGACUGACUCAGACAUGGGAGAAAGUUCCUGGGAAAUUUAAAAAGCUGUUCUCCGAGCUGGAGAGCCUGACAGACCCGUCCUUCAAUCACAAAGCCUACAGGGAUGCCUUUAAGAAGAUGAAGUCUCCCAAAAUCCCUUUCCUACCUCUGCUACUGAAAGAUAUUACGUUCAUUCACGAGGGAAACAAAACUUUUCUUGAUAAUCUGGUCAACUUUGAGAAACUGCACAUGAUGGCAGACAUGGUACGAGUCAUUAGACACUGUCAGACAGACCAUAUGGGAAACAUGUUGUCCCAGAAGGAGAGUCCCGACGUCAAAGCCUACAUCAACUAUCUACACAUCAUCGACAAUCAGCAGACUCUCUUUGAGCUUUCACACAGACUGGAGACAAAGGUUUAGGACACAUACGUGUGUAUAUGUUUAUUCAUGUGUUUCAGUGACCGAUGAGAGAAGAGCUGGUGCUAUGAUCCCUCUCACAUGACCAAGACACUGAGAAGGUGGGACAAUUAACAUGCACAGCCACAGGGGGGAGAAGCUGCGCCACACAGACUGCACAGAUCACAGGAGAAGAGAGUCACAAGCAGCCAAGGACCUUCAGCUUCAGCAAGUGCAACUGAAGAAUGUGGGAGUGCUAUUACAUUAAGCGAGGCAAUAAGAAGGAACUAUAAUAAAAUACGGGACUCUAGUUAACAAGCCUGAACCCAAGACUAUGACUUGAACAUCUCAGUCACUCACUACAAGGUCUCAGUUUAUGUAAUGGAUCUGUGCAAUGCUUUGUGAUGCUCAUAGAUAACUAUUUCAGCCGUAGACAAUCAGAAAAACAAAUCAGGACAAUAUUUGCCGUAUGUGGAUUUUUUUCAGGACUUAUUAAUAGUUGCAACAGAAGCAACCGGUAUCAGUGUAAUUCGGCUCCAGUAGUUGCCUGGUAGAGACGUACAAGAGAUGCUACAAAAAAUGGGCAGAGAUUUUGGUUGUUUGUAACUAAAUUUAGCAUAAUGGUUUUAACCAUCAUGCAUCAGGGUUACACUAUGAGCGCAGAGCAGAGUUUUACCAAGCUGUUUAUUUAUAGACUCCAUGGAACUGUGACAUAAAUUUACUGUACAUCUGCUGAUUAGUUCAGUAUUAAUCAGUGUAGUUGGGAGGAAGGUCUUCACCUCAGAACUGCAGUGUGUGUGGUGUGCUUCGGUCCAUAUGAUUCGGCAGUGCCGCUGACUGACCGCUGCUAAACGUGCACGCUGCAAAACGUGCACUACAAGUGUAAACAUUGUAAAUAUAUUAAAUUAAUUUUCUGGGUUCUUUGUUAAAUGAUAGCAAAGCAAUACAUUUGUGUUCAUGCCUCCAUGAAGCAUCAUCUGUAUGAUAAUUUGCCUUUUUAUUUUGUAUCAAUUUAUUCUUAUAAUUUAAAAUCAUUGAAAACAAAACAUUAAAACAUAGGACUGUUA